UACGACGCAAAUUACAGGAAGUUGCAUUAGACAGGUUGUUUUGGACCAGAUGUCACAGAUGUUCUGCUUUGAGUUUUAGAUAGAAGGCGUUAUUUGCUUCAAUCAAAUCUUUACUAAUGUAUUAUUGGAAGAAUGGCGUCAGGUUUAACGUUAGACUUCGAAGAUCACCUAGAUCAUCAGGAUACAACAAUGAGUAACGUUGUUACGGGGAACAUUUGCAUUGACCAGGAUGGGGAAUGGGACAUCAGCCUGUUUGAUGAGCUGGAGGGCCUUGGGGAUGCAGAUGAGCUCCUGAGAGCUCUCGAGGGGGAUGCCUAUGCUGGCGAGGUCCCUGAUCUGGACUUCGACAUGGACCUGCCUCCCUGGAGCCCAGACACCAGCAGCACCUGCACAGAUGGGGACAUGACUGCGGCUUCACUCUCUCCAGCGCACACCAUCAGCUCAGUGCCCUCCCCAACGUCCUUGGAGGCCCACUCUCCCAACUCCCUCUCGGACGAGGCGCUCUCUCCCCAGCCCCAGGCGUCCCCACUCUCUGUCUGCUCAGACUCCAGUGGCUUCUCGGAGCUGCCCCCUGAAAGACCACCACCUAAGAGGACCAAUCCGACUCCCAGAGCCAAGCCAGUGAAGAGGCCCAUUCAGCCGAGCCCUAAGGUGUCCAUCCAGCCCAGGCCAGUGAUCACAGCUAUGCCCCUGCCCACAGCCGCCGCUGCCCCCCUGCAGGCCAAAACCAUCAUCCUGCAGCCGUUGCAGUCCAUCCAGUCCCUGCAGCCUGUGCUGCCUGUGGGCAAGCCUGCCAGGGUCGCCAUCAAACCUGCUCCCCCUGCAGCUCGUCCUAUGAUAUUUCCCCAGCCCACUCAGGUGCUCCACAUCCAAACAGCGCAGACCGUCCCGACCCGAGUGGUUACCAUGCCAACGCUGGUUCCGGACGCACGCAUACCUGCUGCAGCCCCACCCGUGGUUACCAUGACGCUCCAGAGUCCAGCCUCCGUCCAAAGCUCUACCCACAGCUCUGAUGACGACUCGAACGCAUCACGCCGGCAGAUGCGCAUGAUCAAGAACCGCGAGUCGGCGUCCCUCUCGCGCAAGAAGAAGAAGGAGUACCUGCUGACGCUGGAGGCCCGUCUGAAGAUAGCGCUGUCCGAGAACGCCCAGCUCAAGAACGAGAACGGCACCCUCAAGCAGCAGCUGAACGGCCUCAUAAGCGAGAACACUGUUUUGAAAACCACUGCCCCCAAGAGGCGGGCUGUGUGUCUCAUGGUGCUUGCGGUCUUCCUGGUUUUCAACAUGGGACCAAUGAGUCUGUACAGAGACUCCGAUGGUUCCAAAGUUCCAGUAAGUAGAGUUCACACUGGAAGGCAUCUGCUGGAAUUGCCGAAUCCACACACACCUGAGGAAGUGCUGGUGUCCAGCAGUGUGGAGGAGUCUGUGGCAGAGGAGAAGGCUCUGAUGGUGGUGAGGAAGAGCCCCCUGGUUUUCGGUGCGCCGCCACCCUGCCAGCCACCCGUCAACAGGACGAAGUGCAUCAAGCUGGCUCAUGAACUGAGAGGAUGGGUGCACAGACAUGAGGUGGAGCGCACCAAGAGCAGACGGCAGAGUAACACACAGACUAAGAGCAGGACCAUCCUGAAGGAGAGUGGGAAUAAGGAUGAGGUGACCCAGAUUCUGCCCGUCCAGUACACUGACUCAGCAGAGAGAAGUUCAGGUAAUGAGCUGCAGGUGUAUUACGCCCCGCACCGCACCUACAACGACUUCUUUGAUGAGAUCAACCGAAGGGGAGACACCUUCUACGUGGUAUCUUUCCGCCGGGAUCAUCUGCUUCUUCCUGCCACCAGCCACAACAAAGGAAGUCGGCCCAAGAUGUCCGUGUUGCUGCCGGCUAUGAACGUCAACGACAGUGUCAUUAAAGACAAGGAGUUUGAGGUGAUGAUGCAGAUCGACUGUGAAGUGAUGGACACCCGCAUCCUGCACGUCAAGACCUCCAGUAUCCCACCAUUCCUGCGUGCCAAUCAAACCCACAAUGACACUCUCUACCACCCCAGCCCUACCAGUGCCCAGGCCACACCCACCGUCAGCGUCCUGGUUGGCUCCGCGUAACCUCGUGUCAUGCCAGCCAACCGAUCAACUACUGUGAUCAAGUUGACAGACAAUUCAAAAUAUAAUUACAUUUUUUUUUUACAAAUAAAUCCAUGAAGAAUA